UCAGUAUAUGGCAGCUUCCUAUGUUCCUGUGCUUUUUGCUGCAGCUUCAGAAGUUGCGGGGGCUGGAGGCUAGGGUUGCCCUAUGCUGGCUUCCCAAAUCCGGGUGCCUCAUUUGCUUAUUAUUGUAAAUUGGCUUGAGAAUCAUUUUUGAGCAGAAGAGUGCCUGCACAUUUUGCUCCAUAACUCCGCUCCUACAAGGGCUAGAGCUUAACUAGAAAGAAAGAAAGAAAGAAAGAAAGCUGAAAUCCGGGCAAAUCUGGGGAGACGUCGCGAUCCACCCAUUGUCGAAGAUGGCCGAAGAGGUCAUUGUGCCAGUGUAUUGCACGGGAGUCUCGGCCCAGGUUCAGAAGCAGCGGGCCAAAGAUCUGGGCUUGGGGAAACACGAGAAUGCGGUGAAGUACCUGGGUCAGGACUACGACAGGCUCCGGAACGAGUGCCUGCAGAGCGGCACGAUUUUCCGGGAUGAAACCUUCCCUGCCACCGCUUCCUCCCUGGGUUUCAAAGAGCUGGGGCCAAAUUCCUCCAAAACAUACGGAGUCAAGUGGAAACGGCCAACGGAGAUGUGCCGAAACCCACUUUUCAUUGUGGACGGGGCCACCCGCACGGACGUUUGUCAGGGAGCCCUGGGUGACUGUUGGCUCCUGGCGGCCAUUGCCUCGCUCACCCUGAACGAUCCUCUCCUCCACCGCGUGGUCCCCCAUGGGCAGAGCUUCCAGAACGGCUACGCUGGCAUCUUCCAUUUCCAGAUCUGGCAGUUUGGCGAGUGGGUAGACGUGGUGGUGGACGACCUCCUGCCGACCAAAGAUGGCAAGCUGGUAUUUGUGCACUCCGCUGAAGGCAACGAAUUUUGGAGUGCCCUGCUUGAGAAGGCGUAUGCCAAGGUGAAUGGCUGCUACGAGGCCUUGUCUGGGGGAAGCACAUCCGAAGGCUUUGAAGACUUCACGGGAGGUGUCACGGAGUGGUAUGAACUCCGCAAGCCGCCCAGCGACCUCUUCCAGAUCAUCCAGAAGGCCCUAGAGAGAGGCUCGCUCAUGGGCUGCUCCAUCGACAUCACCAGCGCUUUCGACAUGGAGGCGGUCACUUUUAAGAAGCUGGUGAAAGGCCACGCCUAUUCCAUCACCGGAGCUGAGCAGGUCAACUACAGAGGGCAGAGGGUUAAUCUGAUACGGAUACGGAACCCGUGGGGAGAGGUGGAAUGGACCGGUGCUUGGAGUGACAAUUCAGGAGAGUGGCACACCGUGGAUCCUUCUGUGGGGCAGCAGCUGAGAAUAAAGAUGGAAGAUGGGGAAUUCUGGAUGUCCUUCCAAGACUUCCUCAGGGAAUUCACGCGCCUGGAGAUCUGCAACCUCACGCCGGACGCCCUGAAGUCCCGCAAGUUCCGGAAGUGGAACAGCACCCUGUACGACGGGACCUGGCGGCGGGGGAGCACGGCCGGGGGCUGCAGGAACUACCCAGCCACAUUCUGGAUCAACCCCCAGUUCAAGAUCCGCCUCGAAGAGGUGGACAGUGACGACGAGGACAGGGGCCGAGAAUCGGGCUGCAGCUUCCUCCUGUCCCUGAUGCAGAAACACCGGCGCCGGGAGAGGCGCUUUGGCAAGGACAUGGAGACCAUUGGCUUCGCCGUCUAUGAGGUGCCUCCGGAGUACGUGGGGCAGCCCUCCGUGCACCUGAAGCGCGACUUCUUCCUCUCCAACUCCUCGCGGGCCCGUUCGGAGCAGUUCAUCAACCUGCGGGAGGUCAGCACCCGCUUCAAGCUCCCCCCCGGCGAAUACAUCGUGGUGCCCUCCACCUUCGAGCCCAACAAAGAAGGCGACUUUGUGAUCCGGGUCUUCUCCGAGAACAAAGCCGGAACAGUGGAAUUGGAUGAUGAUAUCCAAGCUACCCUCCCAGAUGAGAAAGUGCUUUCGGUGGGCGAGAUCGACGAGAACUUCAAGACCCUUUUCAAGCAGCUGGCUGGGGCGGACAUGGAAAUCAGUGUCCGUGAACUGCAGACCAUCCUCAACAGAAUCAUGGGGAAACAUAAAGACCUUCGGUCGAAAGGUUUCAGCAUAGAAUCCUGUCGCAGUAUGGUGAAUCUCAUGGAUAGAGAUGGGAACGGGAAACUCGGCCUGGUGGAAUUCAACAUCCUGUGGACCAAAAUCAGGAACUAUUUAACCAUCUUUAGGAAGUUCGAUUUGGACAAGUCGGGAAGCAUGAGUGCCUACGAGAUGCGGAUGGCUCUGGAGUCUGCAGGCUUCAAGCUGAACAAGAAACUCUACGAGCUGAUCAUCACCCGCUACGCAGAGCCUGACCUGGCCGUCGACUUUGACAAUUUUGUCUGCUGUUUAGUGCGACUUGAAACCAUGUUCCGGUUUUUCCAAGCACUGGAUUCAGACAGGGACGGAAUUGUCACCUUCGACUUGGUAAAGUGGCUGCAGCUGACCAUGUUCGCCUGAUAAGGAAGACGACGACGAUACGGAGCUCUCCCAGCCCCUCCCCUGCACAGCUGUCCGGCCUCCCUUCUCCUCCUCCGACACGGGGUUGGCCGACUUGCAAGUGCCUUGCAUCACGACACGGGGUCGCUUCCCGCUUUUGCUGCCUUCACUUCAAAUAAAGGAACAAAUCCACCCCUCCCAAUCUCCCCCUCUCUCACACACGUAUUUCCUCCCUCACUCACACACCCUCACAUUCUCUCUCUCUCUCUCUCUCUCUCUCUCUCUCACACACACACACACACACACACACACACACACACACACACACCCUCACAUUCUCUCUCUGACUCCCUCCCCCCCACGACUCCCACAUUUGCCUCACGUGCCAAGGUGGACUCUCUCGCCUCCCACCGCCGUGCCUGGUCACCUGUGACCCCCCAGAAGCCUUCAGAAUUCAGCGCUGACUGAAGCCACGUUUUGCUUUCACGAGAUUUCUGCCAAGGAACUGAACGGCACCGUGCCAUAGUCAGGAACUGGCCGCCGUGCUUGACGCUCCAGAAUGGCUCAUUGCCUUUGAGAAUGGAGUCCCACGCAGUGCCAAAAUGCCUGACGGCAUCCCUGUGGAACGGCCCCGGGCAGGCAGUGCACGCUGGGAGAACUCUGCGCCAGCCUUUCUAGGUGUACUGGACUCGUUUUGUGUUUGCGCUUGCUUUGGGUGGUGUUCUCCCCAGCCCAAUCCAACAUUAUUUUAUUUUAUUUUUUAUUUUUUGCAUUCUUAAGCUAUGCAUGGAGAAGGGACAGCCCAAGAAGCAUCCUUUUUGCAACCUGGAUCACACGACCCGUCCGGCACGCAUGUGUUCGGAGGCCUGCACUUUCACCAAGCUGUUCCCUCUUUCCGGCUUCCUUUCUUCCUUCCCAGUCUGCAACCAGGGCAGCCGGCCUGGUGCCAGCUCUACAACGCAGCCGUGCCUCCUGGGAAAUCUCUGCCCUCCCUCUGCCAGAUUAUCGAGAGGGCCGUGCUUCUGCUUCGGGCACGCCGUCCCCGUCCCACUUUUGGCCCAUGCCUUCUAAGUUCUGCACACAAAUCCAGUGCCAAGGAGCUUUCUCUCCCCUCCAGCCCUAGACUCACUCCCCUGUGUGCAUUUUGGCCUCGGGUUCAAUGGACCGGAAGCUUUUUCCAGACGGCGAUUGGUCGAUAAGAACAGCCCUGCCGGAUAAGGCCCAUCUGGUCCAGCACCCUGUUUCCCACCGGGGCCCGCCAGAUGCCUCUGGGGAGCCCCCAAGUAAGCGGUGAGGGCGCACGCCUUAUAUGCAUCCUAAAAAAUAGCACUUGGGCACAGUGCUCAACAAGGCACUUCCUUUUAGGAACAUAGAAAACUGCCAUAUACGGAGUCAGACCCUUGGUCCAUCUAGCUCAGUAUUGUCAACACAGACUGGCAGCGGCUUCUCUGAGGAUGCAGGCAGGAGUCUCUCUCUCUCAGCCCUAUCUUGGAGAUGCUGCUAGGGAGGGAACUUGGAACCUUCUGCUCUUCCCAGAGCGGCUCCAUCCCCUGAGGGGAAUACCUUAAAGUGCUCACACAUCAAGUCUCCCAUUCAAAUGCAACCAGGGCAGACCCUGCUUAGCUAAGGGGACCAGUCAUGCUUGCUGCCACAAUACCAGCUCUCCGCUUUGCAAUAAAGCCUCCUGUCUGGGAGAGUUUCUGGCUAUUGACAAAUGCCCAUGAUGGCCAGGGAAAGCCCCGAGGACCCUACCAGGAGGGGGAAAUCUCAAAAAACGGCCUAACCCAUCCGGUCCACCCACCCUGCCCCUCGGCACUCGUUGGGGGGCUUUCCUCUGGCUACAGGCAAGGGAGUCACAACAUCAGGAAACCACAGCAAGCGGCAAUCAUAGAUUAUCCCUCAGGCUCCCAGUGGAGAAAACGGCCACGAAUGCAGCGUCCUGCGUAUCUCUCUCUCUCUCUCUCUCUCUCUCUCUCUCUCUCUCUCUCUCUCUCUCUCUCUCUCGUUUGGAAGCGUCUGUGAGCGGCUUCCGGUGCCUGACCACCCCUUCCCUACGGCCUGAGUUUACCACUUGCCAAAUUCAGUUUGGGCAUAGGAAGCUGCCAUAUACUGAGUCAGACCCUUGGUCCAUCUAGCUCAGCAUUGUCUUCACAGGCUGGCAGCGGCUUCUCCAAGGUUGCAGGCAGGAGUCUCUCUCAGCCCUAUAUUGGAGAUGCUGCCAGGGAGGGAACUGGGAACCUUCUGCUUUUCCCAGGGCGGCUCCAUCCCCUGAGGGGAAGAUCUUCCAGUGCUCACACUUCUAGUCUCCCAUUAAUUUGCAACCAGGGUGGACACUGCUUAGCUAAGGGGACAGUCAUGCUUGCUGCCACAAGACCAGCUCUCCUCUCCUAGGACAUUUGCUGCCUAGCCACUGCUGCAUUUGAGCACCCCCUGCCCGUUUCUGCGCUCGCUCCCAGAGGGCCUCGAGGGGGUGUGGACACCCUAUGUGGUUCCCCUUUGAGGCUGCUCUUGCAUCUCUCCGUGUGCUGAAGCCGGAGAUUUUCUGCAGGGUGAUGGGCUCACUCAUGUAACGUUGCCAGGAGGCUCCGUAUCAGGGAUUGUGUUUUACACCCUCAAUGCUAUAACUGGGAACUACUGUUUGAUCUUUUGUUUUUGUAGAAACCAACUUGUUUUAUUGCCAAAAUAAAAGUGCUGUUAUUCAGG